AAACAUGCAGCUGUGCUUAAUAACUAUUUCUUUUUAUAGAACAACUCUCGGGAUUGCUCUUUGAUUAGAGGAGGAAGGUAUCGCUGCCGUGCGCCGGGGCAGAGCUCACAUCCUGCCCGGGGGAGGGCAUGUUAGCAGGGCUGCAGCCCCCCUGCCCCGAGCCAUGCUGUGAGGAGGGGGCAGCCCGGCCAUCCAGCAGCGGGAAUGAUGGCCCAGUCCCGGGCCAACGGCUCACACUACGCCCUGACAGCCAUCGGGCUGGGGAUGCUGGUCCUCGGCAUCAUCAUGGCCGUCUGGAACCUCGUCCCGGGCUUCGGCCCCCCCGAGAAACCCACCACCCACGCCGGGAACAGCAGCAAACCCGACCGUGGCUCCGGGGGCAUCUUGAAGAGCAAGACCUUCUCGGUGGCCUAUGUGUUGGUGGGAGCAGGGCUGCUCCUGCUCCUGGUCUCCCUCUGCCUCAACGUCCGGGACAAGAAGAGGCAGAGCGAGGAAAUGGCCAUCGCCCACGUGCAGCGCCACGUGUCUGUGGAGCCCUCGCAGCAGGAGGACAGCCUUAACUCUCUCCCCUCUAGUCAAGAAGAGGAUGAAGACGUGUCUUCCCAGUACUACGUCCCCAGCUACGAGGAGGUGAUGAACACGGGCUACUCAGAGCCCAGGGACUCGGACAGGAGCAACAGGCUGAGCGUCUCCCUGCCCUCCUACGAGUCUCUGACGGGGCUGGAUGAGAGCAGCCAGGCUCCAGGAGCUCCAGGAGCUGCAGGCACGGAGCCAGGCACGGAGAGACAGCCCAGCCGGCACAGCUCCCGCCUCAGCAAGCGCCUGAAGCCGCUGAAGGUCCGGAGGAUCAAGUCAGAGAAGCUGCACCUGAAGGACAUCAGGCUAAACCUGGGCCAGGGGAACAGCACUGUCCCUGUCACGAUAGAGCCCCUCACCCCUCCGCCCAAGUACGAGGAGAUCCAGGAGAAAGCGCCGGUGAGCCAGCAAAUGCCUUAGAAGAAAAAAAAAAAAGGAGGGAUCUGUGAUGCUGCUGGGUUGAGGGUUUUUAUAAACCCACCAGGCCAAGAGGGGCUUGGUCUGUGGGUGCAGAAGCAGCCAGGGCUCCCUGGAAGCUGCCAUGUGGAGGACGUGAUGGGUGUGGUAGCACUGCAGCACAAGGAUGGGACACUUUUUCCCUGGGACUGGGUUUUACAAAAGACUGUGGGGAAAGAAGCCUGAAUGCCACAGGUUCUGCUGCUCUGAAGUAAAUGAAGGCUGGAUGUACCAAAAGUGUCACUUAUUGUGUUUGAUAUAAGACCACCCAAUGCAUCCUCUCACCUCCUCUGCCUCUCACCUCCAGCAAGACUUUUCCAAGCCACCAAACUGAUACUGAAGAAGGAUUUUUCCAAGUGGAAAAGUGAAAUGUUCCUUUUUUUUUUGGGGUGUCUUUUCUUUCUGAGGAAGGGAAAGUGUGUUGCCAGAGCAGCACCACGGCUUUCCCCCCCUCCCAGCUGGGUUGGGCUGGUGGCCCAGGGCCAACCCUGACUCCUGCCAAAGUCUCUGCUGGCUGGUGGGAAGCAGCUGAAAGGGGGCCCCGUGCUCCUAGGGUAGAGGAUGGAUUUCCUGCCUCAGUUGCUUUCCCUGUUGUGUUUUGUGCUCCGUUCGAGGCGAGUGGGGAACUGGGGGGGGUUUGGGAGCUGCACCAGUGCCAGGGGUGCAGGGUGAAACCACUGCUGAGCAUCCUGUGCGGGCAGACUGGGGCUGAAUAAAUGUUUUGUACGUUG